GGAAGAUGCUGAGUUCCAUCAAGUGUGUGUUGGUGGGAGAUUCAGCUGUGGGGAAAACCUCUCUGCUGGUGCGCUUCACUUCAGAGACCUUCCCUGAGGCCUACAAGCCCACGGUGUAUGAGAACACAGGUGUGGACGUCUUCAUGGAUGGCAUCCAGAUCAGCCUGGGCCUCUGGGACACAGCAGGUAAUGACGCCUUCCGAAGUAUCCGCCCCCUGUCCUACCAGCAGGCCGACGUGGUGCUGAUGUGCUACUCUGUGGCCAACCAUAACUCUUUCCUGAACCUGAAGAACAAGUGGAUUGCCGAAAUCAGGAGCAACUUGCCCUGCACCCCCGUGCUGGUGGUGGCCACCCAGACGGACCAGCGGGAGAUGGGAACCCACAGGGCCUCCUGCAUCAGUGCCAUGGAAGGGAAAAAACUGGCCCAGGAAGUGAGAGCAAAGGGCUAUCUGGAGUGCUCGGCCCUCAGCAACAGGGGGGUUCAGCAGGUGUUUGAGUGUGCUGUCCGGACUGCUGUCAACCAAGCCAGGAGACGCAACAGAAGGAGGUUCUUCUCCAUUAACGAGUGCAAGAUUUUCUAGCCUCCCAGAGACUCCGCCCACACUCCUUUGCUCCCCGCAAAGACUCACGGGGACAGGGAGAGUAGGCAAGCCAGCAAGGACUGAUGCUCUUUCUAGGAAUGUCCGUCACAGCACUUGCCUUAGGAUACCAUCGCUGAUGAGGCUUGGCCACUGGCUUGUUUUUAUGAAAUACACUCUACAAAUGAAAACCUCUUGCCCAGUCCGAUUAGAAGGUUCUAUAAUGAAGAUUUCCUUCUUUGAUUAAAAAAAAACAAAGUAGUCUCCAUCAUUUUGGACAAUGAAGUGAGUUUUUCCAAGAAUUCCAUAUUUAAAGACAGGUUUUAUUUAAAUGAUAACACAAUGUCUAGCUCUUGUAAUAUAAUUAGUUUUUACAUUUGGAAAGUCUUUCCCUACAUGGUCCCAAACACAAACUGCUGUAUGAGUGACAUAACCCUCUGGGGGCUCUGCCAAAGCCUUGUAGUGUUUUCCCCCAUGUAGUGAUUUUGUGGAGACCACUUGCCCGCUAGAUAUUCCUAGGUAAUCAAAUUUUAAAAUGACCAUGGCCGGAUCCUUGCAAUUACUUUUCCAUCCACCUGUUAUUCAGAGUUGUAUAUAAAAUACAGUUCAAUAACAUAAGAUUCUUUAAUGCUGCCUAAUUAAAAAUUUAAAUUUUAAACAGUUGUCACUAGAUUUCUCUAUAAUUAUAUAUAUGUUUUUUUUAAAAAAGCGUUUCUUAUUUAUGAUCUUACCUUUUACCCAAAGAAGUCUAAUUGUGCACUAAGCAUUCCUCCCUCAUUCACCAAAAUAGACAGAAGGGAAACCUUCCAGGUAGGGAAUCAGAACGGAAUGGAAGUGAGGAAGUCUCACUUUCAUUUCAGGAGCACUUUGCCUGCUUCUUCCAACACCGUGAUUCCUAGCUGGUUGUAGAUCUUCUGAAGAAGAGCAGGCUCAAAUUUCUGUGUGAUGGUAAAUUAGCAAAUUUGCUAUUUGAGUGCUAAACUGAGUUGGCAUGGUAACAUAAGUUAUUAAUGUUAGGAUCCAAUCCAAAUCGCCGGGAAGGCGUCUACCUAUAUACGUGUGUGUGUAAGGGAAAAAAAGGUGGGAACUUAUCAUUUUUACUAUUUCAUGAAUAUGAAACACCUGAGUGAAAAAAAAUCCACAAAUUCCAAGCACAGGGAACAGGCAAACUGUAUAGCAAUUGUUCAGAUAAUAAAAAGCUAUCAAGAGAAAUACUGAAUACAGAAGGAUGCAUCUCUCCCUCCUCCAACCCCGUUAUAUCUAAUAGCUUAAAAGGAAUGAUAUUGCUCAGCUGUUAAAGUUGAGAAUAGAGGACUAUAUAACUGGAGGGAGAAAUUGUGAAGGUGGGCACCCACGUAUAUCAUUUGCUCACCUAAUUGAAUAAAACUUAGAACUACUCUGAACCACAUUUGUUGAAGUACAUCAUCGUUUUAGCUCAACAAGACCAUCGCAUACAAAUGGUCAGAGAGUGGGCAUGAAUGACUGCAUAACUUAUGUUGACAUGACCAACCCGAUUUUUUAGUUUCCUUAUGUGCUCAGUCCUUUACAGCUAUAAUCAGUGUCAAGAUCAGAUUUGUGCUCAUCCCCAGACUCCUUUCUCCUUCUCCUCUUCUCUCAUUCACAUCCAGGGAAAGGCCCUGGACCUGGAUCUUAGUCCCUGGGGGCCGGGGUUCUCUUAGUUUAGUUCCCUGGGACUGACAUCUCUGCCUUCACCCAGACAUCUCCAGUCCUCCCGUCCUGUGACUUGUCCUCACCUCUGUGUCACCCGUGUGCCUGGCUUGAGAGUGGCUAUAUCCAGCUCUCUUCACUGCACAUCCAGAGGGUUGGAGGGCUUGAAAGCCGACCAGGCAGGGGAAGCUAGGAUAGCUCAUCUCCUCUGAUUUCCCUGUUGAUCCCGAUCCUCUCCUCCAACAAAGAACAGUCUUAAAUCACUCAGGUAGGUUUUCCUUCAGGGGCCAGUCUUUAGGGUGGAAGGGUAUUUAACAUGUUAGCAGGAAUGAAUUUCUACUUACUGAAAUUGGCUGUCCCCAGGCUUUUCAUUCUUUCUUGCUGAAGGGAGAUGGGAGAGGGGGAUUGUCUGAACGUGGGAGAGCCCAGGUACCUGAUCCUAAGUGAGGGAAGAGGGGAAGGAGGAUCCUCCUUCCAUGGUGGAAGAGGAGGAGGAAGGGCAAGCUGUCGAGGGCCCAGUCAAACGGCUUUGCCUUCGCCCGGGCAGACACACAGAGAAACACUCUGCCUGUUGGCAGGAACAAAGCUUAAAGGCUCCCCCUGGGUACCCUCACACCCGUGAGAACAGGAAUCCAUGUAUAUAAGUCCUCCCCAAGGGCCUGGCAGAAACUGAGGCCAACUGGUGUCUGUCCCCCUUGCUAGAUCCUGGGUUCUUGAAGGCAGAGCCACCUCAUAUGCAUCUUAGUGUCCCCAGAGCCCGGCACAGGGAAGGAACCAUAGCUCAACAAAGUUGUGUUGAACUGACUCGGAAAGAGAGGGAGGAUUUGGGCUGCUAGGCCGCGAGGUGGCUAUGAGAAGGAAGCAGACCCCUCCCAGCCUUGCCGGGUAGGAAGUGAAGUCAUUUUGCUGGAGUCCACGCAGUGUAUGUUCUACACGAGUGUAUAUGUGUUUUGCCUGCCUAGGUCCGGGCAUCUGUUUCUUGUACUUCAAACUCACUGUACCGUGUUGUAGACUAUUAUAUGCAUAGCCUUAACUAUUCCAAGUGGCAGUGUUAAAUAUGCUCGUUUACGUUAAAGAAUGAAUGAGUGCUUGAGUAAUUCAUCCUAUUUGGUUUUACUUUAUACUAUCUAAACGGGGCAGCAGAGGGGCAUCUGGGUGACUCCUCUGGUCGAGUGUCUGACUCUUGAUUUCGGCUCAGGUCAUGAUCUUGGGGUCGUGAGAUCAAGCCCUGCAUUGGGCUCCACCUGCUGAGGGUGGAGCCUGCUUAAGACUCUCUCUCUCUCCCCUUCUCUCUCUGCCCCUUCCCCCACUCAUGCUCUCUCAAUGAAUAAAUACAUACAUACAUAAAAUACAUCCAUACAUACAUGCAUACAUACAGCAGAAUCAAGUGUGAUGAAAUUAGGCUGAGCAAUAAGAAAGCCAAAAGCAUCCUAAGGUUCAAGUUCACUGAGCGCUUCGGAUGUGCCAGGCUCUAUGCUAAGCACUUGAGUGUGCGUUAUCAUAUGGUGUAUAGGUGGCCACGCUAAUAAGUACCAUCUUACAUGAGGAAACUGAGGCUCGGCGUGUUGAUGUGACAAGGUUGAGGCCAGGGAGCAGGUGAGUGACAGCACCAGGAGUCUUAAGCAGGUCUGUAUAACUACAAAGCUCUGCUCAAAACCACUGCACCCCACUUCCUCCCAGAGCAGCCUGAUUGUAUGUAUGGCUUUGCCACAUCCCAUCUCAUGUACCCUUGUAGACCCCACCCCCACCAGUCAGGGGGCUUAUGUUUUAAACGUCAUUUUUAAUAAAAUAUU